AUGCCGUCGGCUAGCCUUGGGUCGAGUUCACCGGCCGUCACUGGGACCAUGCUCAGCAGUGUUGCCAAUCUGCUUAACACGCUGAUCGGCGCCGGAAUCUGCGCCAUGCCAUAUGCGAUGAAGUACACCGGCCUGCUACCUGGGAUCGGGCUCAUCGUUCUUUGCAGCUUCACAUCGGCAUCGGGCCUCUACCUGCUUACGCGCUGCGCCGCCAAGGUUGGAGGCAGGGGCACAAGCUUCUUUUCGGUGGCCAGAAAGACCAUUCCAUCGGGCGCACGCUGGUUCGACCUGGCUAUCGCCCUCAAGUGCUAUGGCGUCUCCAUCUCCUACCUCAUCAUCGGAGGCCAGCUCAUGCCACAGGUGAUGAUAUCCUUCUUCAAGGCUUUCGGCAAGGACCCGCACGAGAUUCCUGGCUCUUUCCUCAAUAGAGACCUCUGGAUCCUGAUAUUCAUGGUUUUUUUGACUCCACUCUGCUUCCUUCGUCGGCUAGACUCGCUACGGCAUACAUCCUACGUCAGCUUCAUCGCAGUUGUGUACUUGGUUAUCAUCGUCGUCUUCUACGGCCUCAUGGACCAUGCAAAAGCUCACCUGCCACCACGUGGUGAUGUCGACUUGAUCAAGAUUGAUGGGCACUUGGUCAGCAUCUUCCCAAUCUUCGUCUUUGCAUUUACAUGUGCUCAGAAUAUGUUUCCGGUCUACAACGAGCUGGCAAACAAUUCAGAGAGUAGGGUCAAUGCUAUAAUCGUGACAUCGAUCGGGACAGCAGCUGUCAUUUACGAGAUUGUGGCAGUCUUGGGCUACAUCAGCUUCGGAUCAAAUAUCGGCAGUAACAUCAUUGCAAUGUAUCCAGCUACCAGCGUAUUUGUCUGUGGAGGACGCAUUGCGAUCGUCCUGCUCACGCUAUGCUGCUAUCCGCUGCAAAUACACCCUUGCCGUGCUUCUUUCGACAAGGUUUUUUCCAAGGCGAGGGGGGAGCGUAUUGUCCUCCCUUCUGACCCAGUCGACGCAUUGUACGAGGAUUGGGGGCAUGAAGGCGACUCUCAUCGAGAGGGAGACGAAGAGGACACUCAGGUGCUACUAGAUGAUGACACAGGUGCUAGACGACCAGAGGGCAAAGCCGACGCAAUUCACGAUAUUCCGCUUCGGAGAUGGUGCAUCCUGACCGGCCUGAUCCUCUCCACGACAUUCACGAUCAGCCUCUUCAUCGACGACCUCUCGAUCGUGCUCGGCUUUGUCGGCUCGAUCGGCUCGACGACGAUUAGCUUCAUCCUGCCCGGCGUCUUGUACGCCGUCCUGCAUCAGCACGAGCCAGAGCAACGGCGCAUGCGACGCUUUGCGCAAGCACUGGCGGUCUGGGGCGCAUUGGUGCUCGUCUUCACAUUCACUGCCAACGUGCUCAAGGUGCUGCGCGCUGCGCCGGGGACAAUGUCACAAGGGCACGGCGACCGCUUGGCUGCGCUGCUCGCGGCGCACGAGAGCCACGUCAGCGCGGCUGCUGCUGCUUCGUCUGUUGCUUCGGCUUUGGCGUCGUCAGCAACCGCCGCCGCCUCCGCUUAUAGUACGACAUCAGCGGCUCUCUAA